AUGUGUGACUUCGAGCGCGGAGCCGCGACGCAGCUUCUGCGGGCCCUGCCGCCGCUGGCGGCGCUGCGGCUGGGCCUCGGCGGGUGCGAGGACCUCGAGCCUUUGGUCAUGCCGCAGCUGUCACUAAGCCUGGACUUGAGCGAGUGCCGGGUGGAUGCCUGGUGUGUCGGCAUGGCGCAGAGGCUCCCGGCGACGCUGCAAGAGCUGAGCCUGAAGUUCUUCGACAGCGACCUGGGCGGUGCGGGCGUCCGGGCGCUGGCGCAGCAUUUGCCUCGGCUGCCGCUUUCGCGGUGCGAGCUGAGCUGCGGCGCCAGCCGCGUCCCCGCGGCCGACAUCGAGGCAUUGAUGCAAGCCUUGCCAGCAUCCUUGGAGACGCUCAUCCUCGAGUUCGAGUGGGCCGAGCUGGCGCUUACCACGCCAGUGCUGCCGGCGCGGCUGAAGAGCCUGGAGCUCUGCGGCAGCCAUUCGGCUCCUUCUGGCGGCGCUUCGCGAAGCGCCGCCUUCGCGGCGGGGCUGCGGUCGGCGCUGCCGCGGGUCCAGGUGCUGCGGCUGAACUUCGAGCACUGCCGCUGGCCGGUGGCCAGCGCGCGUUGGCUGCUGGAGGGUCUGCCCAGCUCGGUGUCCUCGCUGCACCUGGACUUCGGCGGCACGGAGGAGGAGUGGUGCAAGCUGCUGCAGCCGCUCAGGACGCGCUUCGGCGAAGGCAUUCGGAUACCUCAGCCAAGAUCCAGGCGCGAGUCGAUCUUUGACUUCCUCGGGAUUCCAGAAUCUUGA